AUGGAUCCAGCGGACACCUCGAAUCUCAUGCGAUCGGAAGCGGAGCUACUUCUGCAGGAAUCGCGCAAGAAAAAAGCAGAGAAAAUUAAAACUCUCGGCUCGCCGAUAGAGCUCGCAGGUGUAGCUCUCGGACUCGAGAUCCGAGGGAAUCAUGCCUGGAUAGCGGAGAACACAGCCGUCGCCAGGAAAGUGGACCUCGAGACAGGAAGAACGCUACAGCUUUUCCGUGGACACAGCGCGCCACUAACAUGCCUCGCGUUUUUUGACAAGGUGCAGGGCUCGGGCGCGGGCGAUAUGCUGGUCACUGGGUCUUGGGAUAAAGUGACGAACAUGUUACCAUCAAAAUAUGGGAUACCGCGGCACACUAAAAAACUGAUCUCCUCGACCCUGGCACACUCGGAUUUUGUCAAAGCACUCUUCGUCAUACCCUCUCUGCAACUCCUCAUAUCCGGAAGCUCGGACAAAAUUGUCCGGUUCUGGGAUCUCUCAGCAUACCAGAAUGGCCAGCCGCUGCAGUCAACGGGAUCGAUUUCUGCGCACCUCAGACCUGUAGAAGCCUUUAGCGCACGAGUUAUGGGAGAUUCUGCGAUACUUUAUACGGCAGACACCAUGGGCAUGAUGAAGGUGUGGAAACUGACGAGGGAAGACGGCAGCGCGUCACGGUGGAAAACCACCCUUUUGGAAGAACUGAACCAUCACCGCACCCGGAUCAACGAGAUCGUCUGCGACAACGGGAUGCUGUGGACAGCCUCGUCCGACGACACCGUACAAGUCGUUCCGGCCGAUACAUCCACUGCGUCGUCUACGUCCAAGCCCGCGCCGCCCAUCGUCCACCCCACCGCAGUCAGAGCCGUCCUGCCGCUGCUGGAGAACUACCUGCUUACCGGCGCGGGGGACGUCAUCCGCCUGUACGACGUGUGCGCGCUGGACGAGCCGGAGCUGCUGUCGGAGGUAGACGGGCACUGGCACGACGUGACUAUGCUGCGCGUCUGGAUGCGCAAGCGGCCGCAGGCAGAGGGCCACCCGAAGGGCGCGGUGGCGGUGGAGCCGUGGGUGGUCAGCGCGAGCCUGGACGGGACGCUGCGGAAGUGGAACCUCGCUGGUGAGUCGUGUGUCGUGCGCGUAUGUCGCUUCGGGCGACAGAUGCGAACGCUGAUCGGUGCGUUCGGGCGUGCAGACAUGAUGCAGAGUUCGGGGCCGAAGGCUCCGCCGCAGGCAGAGGAGAAGCCGCAGAAGCUGGCGCCGACGGGCGCGUUCCAAAUGUCAGAGGAGGAAGAGCGGGAGCUUGCAGAGCUGAUGUCGGACGACGAUGAGUAA